AUGACUGCAAUCACGACCUGCCUGAACGGCAACAUGUCAUCUCACCACCAGAAAGACACCACACUGACAAAGAUCUUCGUCGGCGGUCUGCCUUAUCACACAACGGAUGAAAGUUUGCGUCAGUUCUUCGAGCAUUUCGGCUCCAUAGAGGAAGCCGUUGUUAUCACGGACCGGCACACAGGCAAAAGCAGAGGCUAUGGAUUUGUAAGUAGAAGCAAGCAACCAUAA